AGGAAAAGAGCACAAAAAGAGGAGGAGGAGGAGGAGGAGGGUGAUGAUGAAGCUGUGGAAACGAGCUUCCGGUGCUCUCAAAGACCGUAAAAGCUUGUUUUCCAUCAGCUUCUCCCGUAAAACCUCCUUCCGCAACCCUGACCUUGACUCCGCCAUCAUCCACGCAACCUCUCACGACGACUCAUCCGUGGACUACCACAAUGCUCACCGUGUCUACAAAUGGGUCCGCUCCUCUCCCGCCAACCUCAAGCCUCUCGUUCACGCGCUUUCCUCUAGGGUUAACCGCACAAGAAGCUGGACCGUCGCCGUGAAAGCCCUGAUGCUUGUCCACGGUGUCCUUUGCUGCAAAGUCACGUCCCUACAAGAGAUUCGCCGCCUCCCUUUCGACCUAUCUGAUUUCUCCGAUGGUCAUUCGCGUCCAAGCAAGACUUGGGGUUUCAACGCUUUUAUCCGAGCCUAUUUCUCGUUUCUUGACCAGUACGCUCUAUUCUUUUCCGAACAAAUGCGUGGCCGGGGCAAAAAAACUCGGGAAGAUUCUAUUGAACAAGAGCUGGAGAGGAUCCAGAACCUUCAGUCUCUUCUCCAUAUGCUUCUCCAAAUCCGUCCCAUGGCUGAGAACAUGAAGAAGACGCUUAUCCUUGAAGCCAUGGACUGCGUUGUCCUCGAGAUCUUUGACGUUUAUGGAAGAAUCUGCAGCGCGAUCGCCAAGCUUCUCAUCAAGAUCCAUCCAGGUGCUGAAAAAGAUGAAGCUGUGAUGGCUCUCAAGAUUGUAAAGAAGGCUACAUCUCAAGGAGAAGACCUCGCCCUCUACUUUGAGUUCUGCAAAGAGUUUGGUGUCUCAAACGCGCAUGAAGUCCCUAAGUUUGUCAGGAUCCCAGAAGAAGACAUUGAAGCAAUCGAGAAAGCCAUUAGAGGAGUCCAAGAAGAAGAGGAGACAAAGGAGGAACAAGAGGAAGUAGAGGAAGAAAAGAGUAUCAUAUUAGUGGAGAGACCAGAGUUCAAGACAAUCAUAACUGAUAAAUGGGAAGUUUUCGAAGAUGACUAUUGUUUCACAUGUAAAGAUAUCAAAGAAACUGAUCAAGAUAAAGACUAUAACGUGGAUGCGAAUCUGCUGCCUCUUAUAGUUAUUGAUGAGCCAGUUCACUUCACUCACACGUUUCCUGAUUUAAUAACCUUCUAAUUGCAGUGACCAGAUUGAUUUUUAUUGUUUGGUUCUCUUCUGUUUGUAAUAUUCUUUUUGUUGGAUGUGGGGAUGAUAAUAAACGUUAGAUAUAUCUGAAAGUUCCCAGGGUUUCUGAGUACAUUUUUUUUUGUUUUUUACAUUUCAUUUAGGCAGUGAGAAUCUGAUAUAU